GGUGCACUUACCAAAGGUGACAGACGAGCAGCGACUGGGGCCGACUUAACGCAGUUUAAUUUUGACACGCCUUACGGCCGAUCUGCACUCAGGAACAUGUACCAAGCCAUUACUUUGGUAUGUCAGAUAGCCUGUUUCGGGAUAAAAGAUAAUAGCGUAGUAACUAGCUAAAUUGUUUUUUAUUCUCGAUAUUUUUGACCAACUAGUUGGAUUUUACUAAAACAAUUAUUCCUCUCGCCCUCAUGGCCUCUUAGUCAAUAGCCCAUUCGGCCUUCGGCCUCAUGGGCUAUUGACUCAGAGCCCAUUCGGGCUCGAGGAAUAAUUGCUAAAAAUCCCACGUUAAAGCACCCCCCGGUUUUAAACCCUCUCCCGGAUCUAAGUCCAUCUCUUUGCUAACGAAGAUAUUACAUAUUCCGGAUACAAGUCCCCCGGAUAUAAUCCCCCCCGCCCCUAUUUAUAAGCCUACCCAAAACCCCUCAAGACGUUAUAUAAGCCCAGGGUUUUAACGUGAGAUUUUACGGUAUCGGUAUGUCAGAAGUGGUCACGAAUUAGAACCAUGUGUGUUUGUUGCUUGUGUCAUCUACGACCGAGUGUUUUUUAUUUGAACUUGGGACUUAUUUUGCCUUUUUUUUUUCAGCAAUCCAUUUGUCCCGGAGUUGCUUUGUCUAAGGUUCUGUUAGCAGCACAAAUUCCCGACAAGCAUGAAUUCACAGAGUUUAACUCCAUCGCAAGGGUGAGUUUUACUUCGUUGGUCGCGAACGUGGUUAAAAUUCUUGUUUAAUUUCUCUCCUUAAAAGUGGAUUUGGAAACAAAAUUUAUGAUGUCAGAGACAAUUUUAUAUGGCAGUUAGGCAGCGAUAUUACUUCAUCAAAAUUUUGGGCAACACGUGGGAAUGGAUAAAGGAAAAACGUCAUUUUGUAAUAACAUAUAAUGCGAUCAGUAAAACAUGACUUGAUAGGAAAAAUUAGAGAGACCUUGAAUAGUGGCAACUCAAUACCCCAACAGCUAUUUUGUAACCACCAACAAUUUCUGCAGCUUUAGGAAACCUUUGUGGAAAAAGGAGAUACAUUAGUAGCCUGUUUAUAAUAAUAAUAAGCAUUUGGAAAAAUGUAAGCUCCUUGUUUGUCUUGUCCCAUCGCGUUUCUUGCUCCUCAGCAUGGCGUAUUUGUACCACGUGACUAAAGCACUACAAAGCGCCCAUUUCGUUCGGUAGUCUAGCCCGCGCCAUAGACGAAACUAAACUCUGGUUAAGUCUGUCUACGAAAAAGCGCCGAAAUCCUUGUUCUGGGCCCCACUUGUGUACCAGGAUUUGAGUAUGCGCCAUGAUUGGCCUUUUAAAAAUGCCAUUGUCCAUUUGCCAAUCAGGUUGAAAAGAAACUGGAAACGCACUUCUGGCAAAACGCUUAUUCCGUUGUGGGCCCAGAACAAGGAUCUCGGCGCUGUUUCGCAGACAUUACCUGGAAUUGCCUCUCAAAAAUAUGAAAAAAUCAAAUCGGCAAGUUUAAAUUUACGCAACUCAGCAUAAAAGCGACUCUAGCAUAGGAGGAUUUGAAGAUUUUAGUCCAGCAUAGGGUAGAAAACUUCAGCUGCACUAGCUUUAGUAUAGGCUAAGGGUCACAGGGUCCCGGCGGCACAUCCCCGCCCAAAAAAUCCUGAAAAGGUACCACCCCCCCCCCCCCCCCUCGGGGGGGUUAGAUUACAUAUGCGACGUAGGCUAUUGGUAGUUUCACAUUAGUGGUUACUUAUGGAGAAAGUCUUUCUCAAAGGUAGUCCAUUACAUUUACCGAGGUGUCCAAAUGACUGAAUUACUCUCAAGUUUAACAAAGCCCUGUUUUCUUUCGUUUCACAGCAAUGUCUUCUGUCCAUGGGAGUAACAGACGCCAGUUUCGUGGUGAAAGACAAAGACGCCAGCGAUGUGGGAAAAUUUCUCAACCGUAUUUUGGGUCUUAGUGUGGAAAGACAAAAUUUGGUAAGUACAAAGAUCCUUCCUGUUUGGUGGCAAUGAAACGUACGUUUGAGGGGAAGUUGUGGGACUACCCUUGUUUCCUAAUUUUUCUGCUAUUUGAACCCCUGUCGUGAAUUUUAUCUGUCGAUUUCUCAGUCUUCUUUUAUCAGUCCAUUUCCCACUCUUCUUUUAUCGAUCGAUUUCUAUAUCAGUCUUCUUUUAUCGUUCGAUUUCCCACUCUUCUUUUAUCGAUCGAUUUCUCAGUCUUCUUUUAUCGUUCGAUUUCCCACUCUUCUUUUAUCGAUCGAUUUCUCAGUCUUCUUUUAUCGAUCGAUUUCUCAGUCUUCUUGUAUCGAUCGAUCGAUCGAUUUCUCAGUCUUCUUUUAUCGAUCGACUUCUCAGUCUUCUUUUAUCGAUCGAUUUCUCAGUCUUCUUUUAUCGAUCGAUGUCUCAGUCUUCUUUUAUUGAUCGAUUUCUCAGUCUUCUUGUAUCGAUCGAUUUCUCAGUCUUCUUGUACCGAUCGAUUUCUCAGUCUUCUUGUAUCGAUCGAUUUCUCAGUCUUCUUGUAUCGAUCGAUAUCUCAGUCUUCUUGUAUCGAUCGAUUUCUCAGUCUUCUUGUAUCGAUCGAUUUCGCAGUCUUCUUUUAUCGGUCGAUUUCCCACUCUUCUUUUAUCGAUCGAAUUCCCACUCUUCUUUUAUCGAUCGAUUUCUCAGUCUUCUUGAAUCGAUCGAUUUCUCAGUCUUCUUGUAUCGAUCGAUUUCUCAGUCUUCUUUUAUCGAUCGAUUUCUCAGUCUUCUUGUAUCGAUCGAUUUCUCAGUCUUCUUUUAUUGAUCGAUUUCUCAGUCUUCUUGUAUCGAUCGAUUUCUCAGUCUUCUUGUAUCGAUCGAUUUCUCAGUCUUCUUGUAUCGAUCGAUUUCUCAGUCUUCUUGUAUCGAUCGAUUUCCCACUCUUCUUUUAUCGAUCGAUUUCUCAGUCUUCUUGUAUCGUUCGAUUUCUCAGUCUUCUUGUAUCUUUGUCAGAACUAGCCGGCCAAACUGGUCAUAAUGAAAAUGAAGUGUUUGCCAAAAACCCAUCACUGCCGCGCAUACAUUUUAGAGAUAAACAGAUCUGUCCGGAUAGUCCUGAUUAAAAGUGGAAUUCUCCUGGCGGUUGUACUGGUCUGGCCAGCCAGUUCUGACAAAUUGUAAGUGCCCUAAGACUUUCUGUUAUCGAGUUUCCUUUUUUGUUUCUGUUUUCUAUUUUCGUGGUGUUACUCAAUCAGUCGCGUUUUUAACGCUCAUGGAAUUCGAAUUUUGAAUGAGUCUGAUAUCCAGAUUUUACCGCUCCUUCAGGGUAUAGGGAAGAGGAGAUGGCUGACACCACAAACUCGGCUUCGGUAUCUCAAAUAUAUAAUUUUCUCCUCUACACCGGUAGCUCGCUAGUAUAGAACAGACGCUUGUGCCUUCCCAAGCUCACUAACCCAGUUUACAGCCACUUUUCUGCUGCGCUACCUCUCACGUGACCACACCCCUUGUGCAAAGCACUUUGCGAUUUUUGCUCAUAAGAAAUGUUUCAUUGUCUCCUGUUUUAUUUGUAGUUAUUCUCGUACUUUUGUGAGUGCCUAAAUGCUGCAAUUGAAACUGCAAAGCGCGAAGGAAGGUAAGUAUUGUUUUUGUUACUGACCAGUUAAUUUCUAAGAAACUAAGUUCUUCACCCCGAAGCGUCGAUCUCGCAUAUUAAGCUUAGGGUCAAUAAAGCUUGGUUCUUGCACGAUAAGAUUUGUGUCGCAUGCAUCCUCGAAAAAACAUUGGUCUCGCAUUCAUACCCUGGACACAAAUGAAUAAUAUUGCGUGAUAAUUCUUAGGUAUAGUGAAGGCGUGACUGACGUAUCUGGAUCUUCAAUCACGAUGGUCGGCGCUGCCCAGCCUGUUUUUAGCGACUUUCAAAGAGGCCUCAUGGAAACAAAGUAAGUAGUCUUAAUGAAGAUAUGACCCUUCCCAGUCGUGAACGCAAUUUAAGCAAUUGCAAAUUUAGCCCAAAGUUACCAUUAAGUCAAUUCUUAAGGUCAUUCUUCUGUAGUAGAACCUGCAGUGAGAUUUUUGUCAAACUUUGCCGAUUGGAUGUUGUUUGAAAUAAAAUCGCGGGGUCCCCAAUCCCCAUACUCGUUUUGGAGCGGGAGCAACUUGUAAGUGCGCAGUGAUUCCUUGAGAUACCAAGGGAGCUUCCCGCAUCAACGACGGCGAUGGCAGCGAAAACGUCACUUUUAAAAUGAAUUAUAACAUAACAAAAGUAAAUCCCGCGCUCUGAUUGGUCAGUUAGCCACCACCAUUUGCCCGUCGGUGCACGCCAAGAAACUGAGCUAGUGCGGUAAAAUUUAGACAAAUUCAACAAAUCUCCUCUCCUGACCGUAAAAUACACCGAUAAAAUGCACAGAUGGAAAGUGGAAGUUGAAGAAAACACUAAGCUGUCGUUUUGAAGGAAAAAAGACAAAAGAUCAAGCGACAAAUUUGCUCUGGAUGAUUUAGUCACUGUUUUCCUCGCGGCUAGAAUCGGCUGUUCAAAGGAAAAUGGAGCCAGCGAAGAUUGAAGGUACAUUUUGUAUGUUGUUUAUAGAAGAGAAAGUCUGUUUGAAAUGUAAAUUCAUCAAUUAGCAUUGUUUUAUUGACUUUUUGGUCAAGCUGAUGCUAAAUCUAAGCAAAUAUUUCAGGAAACACGCUCAAAUUCGAGACAGCUUUGUUGUGAAGUUUUCAUCGCAUCGAUUAAAAAUUUUAGUUGAGUUUAAACGGGCACAUUACGCUGGAAUAAGCGAAUUUCAUUUGAGUACAGAAACAUUUGGGUUUUCAAAUAAAUUUUUCAAAAAAUGACUUGUGUGUGUAUUAUUUUGUUCCUCAGUGUUCAUUCAUAACAGUCGUUCAGAGAUCGGUCGAAAAACAACAACUUCAGCGCCGGCUGUGUGUCAGCGAAUUUCAGUUUUAACUUUGACUUUCAUAGCUGGAUUUCCCUAGGCAGAUUUCGAUACACAGCUAGUUAAUUUCUUUUUAAAAUUAGUGUUACCUGUUAUUCUAAAGGAAUUACCCUCAAAUUUUCUCAUUUCUGCUUUACGUAUAUUUCAAAAAUUGUCACAUAAAAUAAGCUUGAUAAUUAUUUCAUUUAUUUAGUUUUAGCUUCUUUUUUAGAGUCUUUUUAGUUGGUGUUUACAGUUGCAGCUAUAGUUUUCCCUCAAAGUUUUCACCCUAAUAUUAAGAGCAAGUAGACAGAUGCAUUCAAAAUAACAACGAAAAACGUUUUGCAAUUUACCUGAAGACAGAGAACGGUUGAUUCAGCGAAAGAAAAACUCAAAGGCAAGUUUUUGAAAAACAUAGAACAUGAUUUGUUUACGCGCGGGCAGGUGGCAGCAUCCUUAAACUCGUACCGAUGACUCAACCGAAGGCAAUUGGAAAAUAAUGUUUUUCUCUUUUGAUUAUGUUAUAAAAGAAAUGGUAAACGUUGCAGCUGUGAAACCAUGGAGCUAUGGAUGGACUUGGGAGGUUUGCUAAGCACUCAAGAAGCUAGAAGUCGCACUCGGCUAUCGCCUCGUGCGACUCUUACGCUUCUUUCGUGCUUAGGAACCUCCCGCGUGCAUCCAUAACUCCAUGGUUGCACGCUGCACGUUUACCAUUUCUUAAUUUGAGUGGUUUUUUUUGGCGUGCUUAUUCCAGUUCAAUGACAAUGUCAAACUGUAGCGGCUGCGGGUGAAUUUCUUGGGGAAAAAAAUUCUUCCUCGCUUCUUUACGUCCUCCAUAAACGUGAAAUUAGGCAUUUUCACAUCGUGUCAAGGCAAAAGCCGCCUUGUUUUAAGUGCGUGCGUCCUGUUAUGAUCUGUUGGCGCGGGCUUAUCAAGCGUGAAGUAAUGCGCAAUGCAUACGAAGGAAUAACCUGAAAUCCGUUCUCAGUUAUUUUCAUUUCUUUUUUCAGACACAUGACUGUAAACGUUGAUCGCGGAAUAGGCUGGGAUUCGGCAGUGAAGCAGUUACAAGACAAUGGAAAAAACAAGUUUGACGGGUUUUAUUGUUCCAAAAGGGAACAGAAAGGGAGACGGCUUUACCUUCUAGCGAUACAAAAGGAGUCUUCCACCCAUCUUUUUAACAUUACAAGGUAAAUGUAAGGGCGAAAAACUGCUUUUCACCGAUGUGAACGCCCUAAAAGUUCAAAUUUUAGGUUGGUUGUUUGGUUUAAAUACCGUAAAUCCUCUAUACAGCCCUGCCCUCUCUCUUAAAUAAGCACCUUCCCCUCUAACGUUUCAUCUGGACUAAUCCGGUAUGCUUCAUUAACCAGAUUCAGAGACUUGAAGUUGUGAUUUCUUCCUGUAAACGAUAAAGUACAUGCGUUUAAGCCUCCCAGGAUCUAAGCUCCCGGCGCGUCCAAACGAAUUAAAAUGAAUUCGAUUUAUUAGGACAUUUUGAAGCUUGCUUAAAAACCGGUAAAUGCUAAAGGUUUCUUGUUCAGCACUGCUAUAGAAUGUUUCGAAGCGCCUUUUCUAUUUCGGUUAUUAGCCCCUUCGUUUAUUAGCUCUCUUAAAACCCCUUAAGAAAAUGUAUAAACCCAGGGCUUAUAAGCGACAUAUUACGGUGUGGAAUUUCUACCCAAAGAUAAUUUCCGCUUUUACUUCGUUUUGUUUUUGUGCAGACCAAACACAGGACGGUCUCCUUUUGAAGAAGAAAAAACCGAUCUUCUGCACAAGUACAACAGGAUUUCACUGGAAGAUGCAGGUAAGGGAGGCGGGCCUAGUCAGGCUAUAUUUUGUAUCUACCACCAGGAAGCCGUGUGAAAUCAGAAGUGCUGUCCGCGUGUUUUACUGUGAUUUGUUUGAAAUCUAGUACACUUCACGGGUGCCAGCCCGUCCUAAUUUGUAAAAGGUAGGCGAAUAUUCCUGGAGCUAAAUUCUCAAAAAGUGUAGUUAUCUUCAAAAAGAUAAAUAAAAAUUCGUCGUCGUCUCGUGCAGUGGACGUUAAAGAAAUGUACUAAAAAGUGUGGUGUACGUGCAGAGCCGUAUUGUUUUGUUCAUAAAAUGAAUUUUUUGACGUACUCGUUGCCGUCGUCGUUGUGGUUGCAGAGCUUUUAAAAUAAAAGCCAUUAAAUAAAAAAAUUUCUUUUGUUGUAACUUCAUGUUUUGCUAAUCGUUUAACAGGUUACACGAAAAGCAAAACUCGUGAAAUGUCAAGUACUUUGAUUGGUCAGGAACUAAAUGCUGUUGUAUACUUUUGAUUCAUUAGAAGCUGGAUGGAAAGCACAGUACGAAAGAACCAGAGAUCACUGUAUUCACGGAUUAGGCUGCAAGACUGGACCUUCUUGUAAAAGUAAGUGAAAACUUUAUUACAGUGGUGUAUUCCUUAGAAGUCUCCUUAAGAGACCACGAGGAAGUGACUCGACAAAAUGAUUUAAUCCUUCUUUAAAAGAAUAACUCCGACAAUUUGUUAAUGAAUGAACGAAUAAACUUUAUGAACGUGUCAAUACAAUAUCUGGUAGAGAGGAAUCCCUCAUCUAAUAGGGGACACCUAAAGCGCGAUACAAUGAUGACAUUCAGUUGCAAUAAAACGAAUUUUUUAAAUUUACAGUGAGCACGAUACAAUGAAAAGUUAUCAACUUGUUAGUGGCUAGCUUUAAAAAUUACGUAACGUUGAUGGGUAAUGCAGUCCAUGAUUAAGAUAUGGUCAUGCUAUCUUUCUUUAUCUCAUCCCAUCCCAUUCCAUUCCGUUCCGUCCUAUCCUGGCCUGUUCAUUAGAAAGAAAAGACAGCAUAAUAGCAUUCCAAUAUCAAUACCUUAUAUGGUUACUUGGUAUUGGCCAUUUUGAGGUUGCGGGUCAGGUUCAGGUUGUUGGUAUGUCGAGAGCACUUUGAUCCCUUUUGGGACGCUAUGGCUUCACUCAUUGGCUGUGACGAGGUUGCGCAAGAAACUGGGUUAAAAUUUCUCUCGCAAAACAGUCCCAUAGUGCAAUUGGACUGGCCACUCUGUGGUCAAGAGUGAUAUUUCACAUAUAUUUACAUGAAGUCAAACGGCAACCAUAAAAUGGCUAAUCAUUGGAUCGAUCACCGUUUCUGGAAAAACUCCCAACCUCCGAACCCCUAACCCAUGUUUCUUUCCUAAAGCCACCCGUUAGGGAGAAACGAGAGUUAAGGUGGGUUGGGAAGGACCCAGAAACUGUAAAUAAUUCGACGAGAUCCCGUUUUUGUUUGUUUGUCAGCCGGCUGUCGCAUUACUCAGAUCCAUUUAUUGUGUGGUGGGAUUAUUCCCUUGCUGUCUGCUUUGGAGAUGGCCAUGGCUGAAAGUGCUGAUAAAAUUGGUCUCAGGUAAGUGACUCUUAACCCCUUCGCUUCCAAAAGAACUGAUUAUCAAAAGCAUGAAUCGCUCUAAAAGCCAAAGUACUGCUAAAAAGGUUAUUUAAGCAAUAGACAACACUUUCUAUGGGUUUACCGGCUUGAUAACCCAAGCGGAAUGUUGGGAGAACACGCGAAAGGCUGUAAAUCACGAGCUGAAGGCGAGUGAUUUACAAACUUUUCGAGUAUUCUCCCAACAUCCCAAGUGGGUUAUCACGCCGGCAAACCCAUAGAAAGUGUUGUCUCUUGCUUAAUUAUAAAAUAACUGUAAGUUUUCUAUGAGUUUACUGGCACAAUAAAGCAUACGUUUUUAACCAAUCAGAACGCGCGUACUAUGUUAGUUAUUUAAUAAAUUUGAAUGGUCAAACAAUGUAUUCACAGUAUGUGUUAGCGGUUGAUACUUUAUACGUCUGGGGACUUCCGUUCCCGAGGCGUGAGUUUUGGUCGUGUUAUUGUGUUUGCUUCUUGUCGCCGAGCUGUUUUCCUAUUUCCUUUUUGUUGCAGCAAGGAAAGUGGAUCUCUGAGAGUAGUCCGCGUUGAGCUAGAUAACGGUCAGCGGCUGGUAGGUUUGCGUUACCCAGAGCAACUCAUACCGGAGGCUACAUUGUUUUUGAAGGAGCAAAAGUUGCUCGACGCCGUUAUAGUAAGUAAAUAUUGAUUUGUAUAAAGGAAAGUGUAAAAAAUUCUCGUCACACACAAAAAUGUUUCCUUUCGGCCAAGCACUCAUGUUAAAGAACAGUUCCCGACCGGUCCUUAAUUCUAGCAGCUUCGAACGAUUUGAUAACCACACUCAGCAAGCGUUAGCGAGAGUCUGGUUAAAAUUUUUAUCGUGCUUUGCUACUGCUUCUAGGCUUCAACUUUGAACCGGGUUAGGUAUUGUUUUGACUUAAGCGAUUAUCUGUUUUUUUUUUCCUUUAUUUUCUAGGACAAACAAAAUGGUGUUUUGAGUUCAACAGAACCUUCUCUUAGACAGCCAUCAAGCGCCAGCCGAGCGUUUGAGGAAGCGGAAACGCCCAUCAACCAAAGGACGUUAACUAAGGCUACUACUCCUCCUGUAACUAUAAAGAAUUUCUUUAAACCGAAGACUGUUGAGCGAUCGCCUUAGAGUAAUAAAAGUGCAUCAGAAGAUCAGGAUGUUAAGGAAAAGAGCGGGGAAAAUGACUGCAAUGAGAUCGAAAAUCAAGAAAUCGAGAACAACGCCAAAAACAGCACUGAUGAAAAACAAGCAACGACCAAAGUAAGUAAGAAGGAAGUCAAAUCAAUAUACUUUAAAUCGAAGGGAAGAGAAAAGGAAGAGCUCCCGGAAAAUAAAGGACCUUUCAAAGGUGCUGCUAAGUGUAAUGGUCUCGUGCGCCACCUUUCGGAACCCCUUUCGAAAGAGAACCUUCAAGGAAAGAACUCUUUGAAACGAACUAGUUCUGAAGCGUCGUCAAGGGCGAUUAAGCGACAGAAGCAAUCGAGCAUUUUUUCUUCGUUUGGGAAAAAGAGUGACAAAGAUUCUAAGGACCAAAUGGAGAAGGAAAUUCUCUGUCCUGUUUGUGGGGAGAAAUUUGCGAGCGGAUUGAAAAAUUCUGAUAUCAACGAACACAUCGAUAAUUGUCUUAUUAAAUCAUAA